GCUAGACGAUGACAUCAGCCAGGACACCCAGCUGCUGGUAGUAAACUCCGGGCGGGAGGAGGCUCCCGCUGGCUCCGCGUUAAUUAGUCCAGCGCUGCACAGGGGGAGCAGUCGGUGUCUGUGCAGGGUCACUGCUGGAUGGGACCAAAUCUUGCAAAGCCGCUUGCUGCUCCUUGCCAGCCGGCCGUAAAAGCACCCAGAGAGUCCAGGAGAGCUGGAUGAAUCCUGAGCACCAGGCACGGUUUGGUCGGCUUUUCCCUGUGGAGGAAGUUAAUGGUUUAAGUGAGGGGCGUCUGGAUCUGGUCCCUGAGUCACCAUGACACUCCUGGGGUCUGAGCACUCCUUGCUGAUUCGGAGCAAGUUCAGAUCAGUUUUACAGCUGCGGCUCCAGCAGAGAAGGACCCGUGAGCAGCUGGCAGACCAAGGCAUCAUGCCACCACUGAAAAGCCCAUCAGCAUUCCAUGAACAGCGAAAAAGUCUGGAGCGAGCCAAGACUGAAGAUUAUCUCAAGCACAAGAUCAGAAGCAGGCCUGAGCGGUCAGACCUGGUCAAUAUGCACAUUCUGCAAGACUCAGCUGCAGAGGGGUCCAUUCAGUCUACUCAAAUGAAGCUGAAAAGAGCCCGACUGGCAGAUGACCUCAACGAAAAGAUUGCGCUCAGGCCGGGUCCUUUGGAGCUGGUGGAGAAGAAUAUUAUUCCUGUGGACUCAGCUGUGAAAGAGGCCAUAAAAGGCACCCAGGGCGGCUUUCCCCGGCAGACAGACGCCUUCGCCUUCGAGGAGGACAGCAGCAACGAUGGGCUGUCCCCGGAGCGGCCCCGCAGCCGCGGCUCCCCGGGUCCCCCCGAGCCGGCCCCCGGCUCCAAGGCACCGGAGCCGCCCCCCGCCGCCCCAGCCGGGGCUCCGCAGGAUCGUCCCCCCAGUGCCGAUGGCCACGCUCCGGACACCGCCCCGGGGCAGGGCAGCCAGUGCGACAGCCCCAAGCAGCCCGUGGGGCAGGAGAGCCCGACGCUGCCGGUGCCCUCUGCAGUGAAGUCCAAAUCAUCCAGUGACAGCAAGAACCGUCACAAAAAGCCCAAAGACACCAAGCCCAAAGUGAAGAAGCUCAAGUACCACCAGUACAUCCCUCCAGACCAGAAAGCUGAGAAGUCCCCUCCGCCCAUGGAUUCUGCAUAUGCCAGGCUGCUGCAGCAGCAGCAGCUCUUCCUGCAGCUCCAGAUCCUCAGCCAGCAGCAGCAGCAGCAGCAGCAGCAGCAGCAGCAGCACUUCAACUACCCUGGGAUGCACCAAGGGCAGCUAAAGCAAUCUAAUGAGCAAAUGGUCAAAAGCUCAAAUUCUUCAUCAACUUCUGGCAGCAACACCCCUCUCUCUCCAGUGAAAACCACCUUUUCAGGCCAGACUUGUGUCUCGUCUAUCAAGCCAGGCCCUCUGCCAUCCAACCUGGAUGAUCUCAAAGUGUCAGAGCUGAGGCAGCAGCUCCGAAUACGAGGCCUGCCCGUGUCGGGCACCAAAACAGCGCUGAUGGAGCGGCUGCGGCCCUUCCAGGAGUGCAGCAGCAACGCGGUGCCCAGCUUCAGCGAGAUCACCACCGUCACCUUCCCGGUCACUCCAACCAGCACCCUGUCCAGUUACCAGUCGCAGUCCUCCACCAGCAUGUUAUCAAACGGCUUCUACCACUUUGGCAGCACCAGCUCCACCCCACCCAUCUCUCCCGCCUCCUCCGACCUCUCUGUGAGCGGCUCCUUGCCGGACACCUUCAACGACGGGCCCAUGUCUUCUCCUCAGUUCGGACUCCAGCCGUCGCCGGUCCACGGCGGCGCGGAGGAAAGCCUGAUGAGCAGCAUGAACGGAGGCAGCGUCCAGCUGGAACUGGAAGGAAUCGACACGGAGAAGGACAAGAUGCUGGUGGAGAAGCAGAAGGUCAUCAACGAGCUGACGUGGAAGCUGCAGCAGGAGCAGAGGCAGGUGGAGGAGCUGCGGAUGCAGCUGCAGAAGCGGAAGAGAAGCAACGGCCUGGAGGAGAAGCAGCAGCCCGCCCAGCACUUCUUUGGCGUGCCCGUCAAGCAAGAGAACGCCGUGUCCAGCUGCCCGUUUGCAUCCAAACAAAUGGCCCUGAAGGGCCAGGCCGGCAGCUCGGAGAAGCUGAGUAACUGCGGAGUACCGCAGGUGCCCCACGUUGUAAAUAGCCGCUGCUUGGAGCCCGCCGGGCAGAGCACCAUCACCUCCUCGACAUUCCUGAGCCCGCAGUGCUCCCCCCAGCACUCUCCCCUGGGGGCUGCCAAGAGCCCCCAGCACAUCAGCCUGCCACCGUCCCCCAACAGCCACUACCUGCUGCCCGUGUCCCCCGAGGGUCGCAGCGGGUCCCCUCCGGGCAGCAGCUGCCUCCGCACGGCUCCGAUGGCUGCGCAGUCAGGCCAAAAGUUUUCUAUUUCAUCCCCAAGUUUUUGUAAGUCAAGCCCAGCCCUGUCAGAGGUAAAGCAGCCUCCACCCUAUGAGGAUGCAGUGAAGCAGCAGAUGACACGAAGUCAGCAGAUGGACGAGCUCCUGGACGUGCUGAUUGAGAGUGGAGAAAUUCCAGCCAACGCCAAGGAGGAUCGCUCCUGCCUCCAGAAGGUACCUCAGAUAAUGGUGUCUGCGGGGAGCUCCGGUGCCUCCGUCCCCAAGGGCUCGGCCCCGUUCGAGCCCGUGUCCUCAGCGCCGCUGCCCUUCGAGCACUGCCCGGGCGGCAGCGAUGCCCACCUCGAGGUGCUGCUCAACGCCCACAGCCCCCUGGGCAGGGUGGGCGAGAUGGCCCUGCUGAAGAUGGGCGGAGAGGAGCCCCACUACGAUGGCAUGAUGGAAGGGUUCUCCGGGAAAGCCGCCGAUGAACUGCUCAACUCCCAGGAGAUUUUACAGACUCCGCUGUCGCCCAUGGAGACGCAGCUCUCCCCUUCGCCUGCCGAAGGCUCGGGUUUACAAAUGAGCUUCACUGAGUCCCCGUGGGAAACGAUGGAGUGGCUGGACCUCACCCCCCCCAGCUCGGCCACCGGCUUCAGCUCGCUCACCCCCGCGGGCCCCAGCAUCUUCAACAUCGAUUUCCUGGAUGUUGCCGACCUCAACCUGAACACCAGCAUGGACCUGCACCUGCAGCAGUGGUGAGGGGACGUGCUGGGGCAGGGUGCUGUGAGCCUGCAGCAGGCAGGGCAGCGCUCCUGUCGUGCCAGAGGACAUGCAGGGCUAACGUGCCUCAUCCAGGGGAAACUGGAGUCAUUUUCCCAGCGUAUGAACUUGUUUGAAUUCCCAGUCACUGAAAAUUGAUGGCACAGCUCCGGUACUUUGGUUUUCCUCCAUUGACACUAACCCCACAGAGGGACACCAGUGCCUGAAACAACAUUUCCUUUGAUUGACAAGAACUUCAGUUUUCUUUAAUCUUUUUCUCCCCCAGUUUUAGCAGUCACUCUCGUGAGAACUGGAGCAGCUCAUGACAAGACUGUGUGGUGAGGUGACCUCACCUGGGUGGCAACAGGAAAUCAUGGAGAGGGAAGCCCACUGUUGCCUCCUCUCCUCUCCUCUCCUCUCCUCUCCUCUCCUCUCCUCUCCUCUCCUCUCCUCUCCUCUCCUCUCCUCUCCUCUCCUCUCCUCUCCUCUCCUCUCCUCUCCUCUCCUCUCCUCUCCUCUCCUCUCCUCUCCUCAUCCAGCCCUUCGGGCAGACCUGUUGGGCUCAUCUUGGCCGUGCCCGUGCCAGGGUGAAGAGCAGCGGGCUGUGCCCAGCCAGGUGCCAAGCACCCUUCUCUGGACAGCCAGGCUCUCGCUUCCCUCGUGCCCAAAGCUGCCUUGCCCCAUCCCUGCCGAGCUCUGCUCCAGGCGGAUGAGAGAUGGAGAUCACCGUGUUCACGGUGGCACCUUGGCAUGUCCUGAGGGGCCAAAAGCCCAGGAGCCGUCCUGGCUGCAGUCUGAGCUGAAUCAGGCCGCAGCCCGUGACCUUGGAGCGGAGAGCUCCGGACGCUGGAGGCAGAUGUUCAGGAUGCAGGCGCGGGAAUGCCGGGGACGCCGCGUCCCCGGUGCGCACAAAGGGAUGCGUGAUGUGUUUUGGCCAAGGUAGGAGCAAGUGGUUUGAAAGGACCAGGCAGGCUUUGGAGGGGCUGUUCUCUGCGCAGCCAGGCCAGGGUGAUCUCCAGCCCUUGCAUGACCCGGGAGCAGGGGGAGCCGGGCAGGGACACUCAGGGGCCGCUCCUGGGGCAGAGCUGAGCGAGCCCUCGCGGGGCUGAGGCUUUGUGUGGGUGCCCGCCUGCCCCGCUGCCAUCCUCCUCUCCGUCCUUCUGCCCGUCCCUCCUCCAUCCCCAGCAGUGUUCCCCUCCUCCCCGAGUCUAUCCAGCGUCACUGCUCCCUCAGCCCAGAGCAAGGCUAGCGGAGAACAGCUGUGAAUCACCGAGCCUGGAGGAGCCCGUUCUCCCGAAGCCGGCAGAGAAGGAAGCUCUCCCGCAGUGAUGCUCCCGUUUGGAAUCACCAGCAUUUCUCCUUUGAGUCUCUGUGCAAUAUUCUUCCUCAGGCUCUAACAAGAAGGAGCCUUCGCUUCACUUCUUGGCUUCCACCAAAGAACUUGCUGUGCGAUGGACGCGUCUGUCCGUCGCAGCUCUGGUUUUGCCAAAGUAAAUAUUGUCGCUGACGAAGAUUGUUAAACUAUUUACAGACUGAGUGUAUUUAAUAUUUGUGUUACUGGAAGGACAGCACACGGAGAUGAAGCUGCUGGGAGGAGGUCCAGCCCGGCCGUGGCUCCCGUGGCGCUUCCCCAGGGAUGCUGGAGCUGUGGGAGGCAGCCCUGCAGCCCGGGCGGUGUCCCCAGUCCCUGCCGUUGUUGCAUGCUGUAUAAAGCACGUGGCAGUAGCUUUCAAAAGUCACUAUUUAAAGCACCACUUUUCUAUUGUACAAAUGUCACAGGGCACCGCUAGGAUAGACAAUCACAGGUUGCAUUUUUAUUUUUUUUUUUUAAAGGAUUUCUUUUUCUAAGUGAGAGGUUUUUUGGUUUUUUUUUUUGAAGCCAGUCCGUGGAGAAUAUUCAGAGCACUUGAACCAGGGUAGUGUUAGCUGCUCCACUGCGGCCUUGUACAGAGCUUUUCCAGGUAACUUUCUCCUCUCAGCAAAUGUAUUUCCUUAUUUAAAGGGAUGCUGUCAGCUUCAGACCUGUAAGCAAGCACAUUUCCUUACCUAUGUUACCAGCAACACCUUCAUUAUUAAAACCUUUGUCUUGCCACUCUG